AAGUGGAACGAUAAUUCUAAGGGUUCGAUAAGUUAGUCGUGAAAAGCCUAUCAGUGGGUUCUCCCAUCUCUCCAUCGGCAUAAAAAUACAGAAUAAUCUAAAGAAUAAAUGUAAACAUAAGCAGCGUAAAUAGUUAUUUAAUUACCAAAAGCUUGUACUGUAAGCAGCGCCUACAUAUGUGCCAAAAUAUUCUCACUAACAUCAGAAUCUCCAAAAAGAUAUUAUGGCUUUGAAUGGAUUUUUAGAAUUCUUCCAAAAGGGCAAAACAUUUAGGCCAAAGAAGCCCUUUGCCUCAGGAACCAUUAGGUAUUCCUUACAUAAGCAAGCCCAGGCCAGUUUGCAGUCCGGGAUUAAUCUGCGGCAAGUGGUGCGUUUGCCACAAGGGGAGAAUCUCAACGAUUGGCUAGCCGUGCAUGUUGUGGACUUCUUCAAUCGCAUAAACUUGAUCUACGGAACUGUUUCUGAGUUUUGCAACGAAACUACCUGUCCCACGAUGUCUGGCGGUUCUAGAUAUGAGUACUUAUGGGCCGAUGGAGAUCUAUACAAGAAGCCUACCGCCCUUUCAGCGCAGAAAUACAUUGAGCAUUUAAUGGACUGGAUUGAGACACAAAUUAACAAUGAAGCUGUUUUUCCAGUGUCCACGGAUGUUCCUUUCCCAAAGAACUUCUCAGCAAUAAGUCGUAAAAUUUUAACCCGUCUGUUUCGUGUUUUUGUCCACGUCUAUAUUCACCACUUCGAUCGUAUUGUGAGCAUUGGAGCUGAAGCUCACGUAAAUGCCUGCUACAAACAUUUUUACUACUUUGUUCAAGAAUUUGACAUGAUUUCGGCCAAGGAAUUGGAACCGCUACAAGAAAUGACAUCUAGAAUUUGCAAGGAUAAGGAUUGAAAGUAUUUCGUACUAGAUUGUGAUGUAAAUAUAUAUUGUUUAUUACAAAAUAAAUAAGCGAACAUGUCCUUGCUUUUGAGAA